UUUCCCGGUAUAUCCUCUGCACGUCUCUCUCUAGGAUAAAUCGUCUAUCUCUCUCUUCGGUUUUGGUUAUCCUCUCUGCAGAUAAGUACAUGACCUAAAGUUGAUCGUCGUGUUCUAGGCCAACUUCGAUGAUGACCAUGGUACUUGUAUCAUCAAAACCAAACCUUGUCAGACAGCAUACCCACUCGUACUCUCUCUCUCUAUCCCUGCUUAUUCAUCUGCAACUUUCUCUACAACGAAUCCGAGAAUAGUUGUUCUUUGAGACUGCGUAAGGGGAUUUUGCGAGCUAAGAAUGGGGAAUUCCUCAUCAAUGCUCACCCAAUACGAUAUUGAAGAAGUUCAGGAACACUGCAACAACCUAUUUUCACAACAAGAAAUAGUUUCACUGUACCAAAGGUUUUGCCAGCUUGAUAGAAAUGGGAAGGGUUUCAUUUCAGCAGAUGAGUUUAUGUCGGUGCCUGAGUUUGCAUUUAAUCCUCUUUCACAGAGGUUAUUAAGAAUGGUGGAUGGGUUAAACUUUAAAGACUUUGUGGCCUUCUUGUCAUCAUUUAGUUCUCGAGCAAGUCUCCAACAGAAGAUAGAACUUAUGUUCAAAGUUUAUGACUCGGACUGUAAUGGAAAGGUGACUUUCAAUGACAUCUUGGCGGUGUUACGGGAUUUGACCGGACCUUUCAUGACUGAAGAGCAAAGAGAGCAAGUUGUGAACCAUGUAUUGAAAGAAGCGGGUUACACACAAGAUUGCUCAUUAUCAUUGGACAACUUCAUAAAGAUUCUUGGCAAGUCUGAUUUGAAGACGGAAGUUGAAGUCCCCCUUGAUUAGAUUAAGCAAAGCAUCUCUCUCUCUACACAGAGGUUGCCCUUGCUUCCUGUUUUUUCCAUAUAAAAUAAUAAUGUACGUAUUUUAUAUGCAUAUAAAAGCACUAUGUAUAAUAAUUAGUUACUGUGUUUAGACUUCAAUGUCUAGAAAUUAAGUUUGGCAUCGAUGCUGCUGCCAUGGUUGCCUUAAACUAGGGCCCACAUUUAAGCUGGGCUCUGCAGAAAUCUGUUAUAUUUUCAGGAGAAGAAAUAAAACACAUCUUUGGAAUUCAGGAGAA